AUGGGCAUCAGGCUACUUUCUGCCAACUAUUCAUCUCCUCCUGUCCCUCCCCCUUGCCAGAAAAAUGACCUCCGGCAACGGCCAUCACCCAAUCCCCAGAUCUUCCCAAGAGUCCCUGUUGAGAUUUUCCAUAAGAUCAUGCUUCAUGUCAUCAAAUUGAGCUCUCGCUCCGUUCGCUCCAGGCGGGCACUCAUGCUGAGACUUUCGUCGACUUGUUCAUAUCUUCGCAAUCUUUUCAAGAACGAUGUUUACUCCAGAAUCAUAACCCGUUCUGCUUUAUCUCUGAUCAAAUUCGUCUCAUACCUCUCGGUAUCCGCUUGGCCUGGUCAAAGCACUGCAUUGAAGUCUUUGACCCUCUGCUGGCUGCAGAAAACACAGAUUGCCUUGGAGUCGCAUACUGAAGCACUUGAAUCUCUGACUCUCGAUUUCCCGGGGGCUGGUGUUGCUUUUCAGACCGCCAUACUCACAGUGCCGGGCUUUGUCAGUAAACAACACUUGAAGCAUCUUCGUAUCACCAAUGGUCUCUGUCUUUUGUUUCAGCCUGCUACCGACGAGGAAUAUUACCCCCCAAGAGUCAUUGUUCCUGGGGAUCAAAUGUUUAGAACCUACGAAAGAUUAGAGAGACUAAAGAAGCUUCAAGUAAAAGGUGUUGCAGGAUUCACAGACGAGUGUUUAGCGUGGAUUUUAGGUGGAUGCCAGUUAUUAAACUCCACUAGAAAGGGAAAUUCAUUGAUCCUAGAGGGGUGUCAAUCUUUAACGGAGAGGGGUGUCAAGAGGAUUUUGGCCGGUAUGAAUGAAAAUUCAAAGACAUAUACGAGGAUUAGGUACUCGUAUGUGGAACCGGUAAUGAACAAAAGCAAUGUUCCUACACCGGAUACUUGGUGGGCACUAUUUGGUCAUGAUGAAACCUCUACGAUCGACGAUGACAGGACGUUCAGUUUCAUAACUGAUGACGGUUCCUUUAAUGCCCUGGCGAGAAUAAGCUCUAGAAUAUCUGAUACAACCCAUGAGGAUCCUGAUAUCUUCGAAAGUUAUUUCGAUGGCACUGGGUAUCGUUCAAGCAAAAGGUCUCAAGGCUCAUAUCCAUCCACGUAUGCUCGCCAACGGGCAUAUACUCAACAUUUCGUACAGCAAUAUAAUCGCGAGGCCCACAUCUGCGACUCUACCGCGAACGGUUGUCGAAAUCUCCCUCGACUCGAUGUCCCAUUUUAUGAUCUUCCUUGCUCUCCUAGUUAUGGUUAUUGCAGCAGCGAGCUUGGGAAUUCUCGUUCGAUGGCUCCAGAAUGGGUGGUCGACGAAGAUGCUAGCUAUAUUAACUAUCAUCUCGACUUUGGCAUGACGAGACGAACCUCGGACCCUAAUGUUGAGGGGCCACCCCAGAAGCCUUCUGGCGACUCUCGUUUCUCUGGUCUUCUUAAGCGUUCGUUGAGUGAUCCUCUCCCUGGAUCCGCGGAUAAGAAGGGCGAUAGAAAAACAAUGAACCUCAAUAGUGGGGACUUCAAGAGACUCACUAUGCUCGUGGAGGAGGUUCCUAUGGCGAAAGGUCUUAGGUUUAUGUCUCUGAGAGGAUUGUGGGAAGGAGUAGGUGGUAGGCAUAGAAAGUGCUGGCUUAGGUGCAAGAUGCGAGCGUGGAGGGAUACUGAAAAACUCGGCGAGAAGUAA